AUGUCCGAUAGUGAACUGUCCUGGCAAUCGGUCACUGAUGUUGAUAGUUUAACAGCUACAAAUCAUUGGCGUGGGUGGAAACAGCAACCUACAACAUCAUCGAUAACAAUAAUAAACACAAGUUCAAAUGAAGAACGCAUCCCUACAUUGGUCGAUUUAGCAGCGAAAACAAUUGCUCGACAUAUACCAUUCGAAUUGGUCGAACGGUAUAAUCAACCCGAACAACCUGUGCCUGAAAAUUUACAAUUAAAAAUAGCUUUUUGGAGUUUUCCUGAUGGCAUUGAAGAUAUCCGAUUAUAUACAUGUGUAGCUAAUGGCAGUACGGAUGAAUUUAUCAAAGCCGAAGCACUCCAACAAGCCAAAGCUGUGCAAAACAUGUUACAAAUCGGUUUUCAUUUAAGUGCGCAAGUUUAUGAACUCAAUUCCAUGAACAAUCCCUCGAAAAUGACCACACAAUAUUACCAUGUAUCAAUCAUAUUCGACCGUAAAAAGAUCACUUCUUGUCACUGUACAUGCUCGAAUCCGAGUUCAUGGUGUUCACAUAUUGUUGCUGUUUGUCUCUGUCGAAUAGCACAACCACAACAUUGCUGCCUUCGAGCACCGGUAUCAGAAUCAUUAUCGCGCUUGAAAAUUGAUCAGUUACGAAAAUUCGCUCAGUACCUCAUAUGGGAAAUACCUCAGCAGUUUUUACCAAAAGCUCAAAGUUUAUUAGACGAAUUACUAAGCGAUAAACCAACUAAUGUAAAUAUGUUGCAAGGAGCACCGGAUCCAACAGCUGGUGGUUUAUCUUCUGAUAUAUCCGUUUGGUUUCUGGAUGAAACCAGUUUACAAGAAAAUAUAAACAAAACUCUUCAUCGGUUUUGUCAACCUACACCACAAGUUGUCGGGGAUGUGACCUAUCUCACCAGCCCGCCUAUCUUAGCUACAACUGAGUAUUCUAAUCUUCUGCGUCCAUUACGUGGUCGCGAACCAGAGGGUAUGUGGAAUUUGCUACAAAUCGUCCGUGAAAUGCUUGCUCGACAUGAUCUUAAUGGUACUCAACUGCUCGAUAUUCUCACUCGACAAUGUCUUGCUCAGGAACAAAUUAUUCAAUGGUGGUUCACAACAAAAGUUUCCAAUGUUUACAACGAACGUGGCACCAACGGUUUGAAACCUCAUAACACAUCUUUAGUUCAACAAGCAAGUUCAGCACUGUGCGAUGAAAUUGUUCAAAUCUGGCGAUUAAUUGCGCUGAAUCCUCGUUUGAAUCACGAAGAACGCAAUGCUAUUUAUAUGAAAUUGUGUACAUGGCAUUUGUCAAUCAUUGAACGCAUAUGUAAACAAAAAACAACGACAACAAAUAUAUCUACGACGACCAACGGUGUCUAUACAUCACCAACGAUCAAUUCGACGAAUGAUCGCACAUUGAAUCAGAAACGACGUGAUAUCGAUAUAUUCCCGGGAUUUCUACCUGCAAUCGAAAUUUGUCAAAUCAAUUGGAAAGAUUGUCCAUAUUAUUCGAAUGCAAUAGAAGAAAAUGAGGGUGAACGCUCAUGGUUUGAAUAUAUCCGUUCGUAUGAUGAAAUACUCACAGAUGGUUAUUCGAAGUUAAACAAUAAUUCCACGGUGAAUUUCAAUACUCAGCAACGAUUUGUAACUCCAACAAUUUCAACAGUGAAUGAAGAGGUUUUGUCCACUGUCCAAGACGAAGAAAUAGUGAAUAAUAACGAAGAGAAAUGUCAAGAUGUUGAUAGCGGAGAAGAAUCUGGUGGUGGCGGAAAUGGAGAUCAGCAAUCAUCGUCGAACAGCAGUGAUGAAUGUAAAAUUUACUUCACUGACCGAGAACCUCCACCAAAAGCUCGACAAACGACAAAGACAACAGCAGCAGCAGCAGCAGUUGUAAUGAAUCCCGAGCCGUAUGUUUUUAAGACAUUAAAGAUAAUCAAUGAUCCAUUACAGAUCGCAUUUGUUCGUUGUGAAGCAUUGAGAAUACAUGGAUAUCAUGAAGAAAUGUUCAAACUUGCUAAACAUUUAGCUGAUCAUAUGCUCGACAAUGAAGAAAACUCAAUCUCUUCUCAAGUUUAUUUAGAUGUUCAUAUCUCCGAUUAUGCAACAUCUCCCACAGUUCGUUGUGCAUUUCUCUGUACUAUUCUCAAUGAAUCGUCUGAAUAUCAACAACUUGCGUUUCGUAUUGGCUUACUCGGUUUGGAAAUCUGUCGUAUGCCAGCGACUACGAAAGCUCUCGAAGUUCGUUUACUCAAUUGUGAACAGGAAAUUUGUCAGGAACUAAAGAAAAUCACUUUGGGACAAAAUGAAAUUGACAUUUUACGACAACGUGCCGAACAUUUAUGUGCACGACUGUUAAACACACGCGAUGAUGGCAUUUUGUUGCCACUUAGUUUAGCAACGUAUAUCUUCGAAACAUUACGAUCGCUUAGUUUAUAUCGCAUGAAUUCGACUCCGACUGUGACUUUGUCACAAAAUUUCUCUAUUUCGCCGUCAACGGAAAACGAUAAUCAACAAAACGGAUCAGAUGAAUUAUUAGCUUUUGACACAGCCAUUUGCGCACUUGGAGCGAAAUGUUAUAUUUCUGAAGCACAAAAUCCGAUCCUAUGCGAAGGAAUUCGUCGACAACGUAGUGACUUAACACUUAACUUAUUGACAUUAUAUAAAGAUGAUCAAGGACGUUUGAUACAAAUACUUGAUAAGUUACUUGAUCGCGAUAUACAUGUCCUAUUUAAAAAUCCAAAUGUAAAUCCUUUCAAUGUUGGAACGAAGAAAGCAAAUCAAAAUUCGGCAACGCUACAGCAGGCAAAUGCAAAUUCUCCAACAUUGUCGAGUCGUUCACAACAUAAGAAAUCAGCAAUGGCAGCAGCCGCAGCUGCAGCAUCGAACGCAAGUGGCGAACCACUAACAGAAAUUGAUAGUUCUGGCCUCGAUGAAAGCGAAGGCGAGAAUUUCGAUCAAAAAGCGUGGGAAGCCAAAUUUCGUUGUUUGAACUUGAAAAACAGUUCCAAGCGAAUAUCAAAUGGGUUUACGAGUAUUGAUAGUAGUGCACCGGAAACAAAUUCAAGCGAUAAUUCGCCAACGGUAUCACGUCGGAAUAUUCGUAUCUCAUCAUCGAAAGCUAAUGCUGAUUCAGAAAGUGAUAGUGAACGGGAUACUGUACAGCGAAAUGCUCGUGGCGAAUCACCAUUACGUAUGGAUAUGAAUUUAUCAUCGCCAGAUAUUCUUCCAUCCCCAUCGCCGCAUUUGACCACGGCAAGGAAUACAUCGACAAUACCGAAAUCGAUUUCAUUACAGCCGCAAUCAUCACCAAGCUCUCAUACUUUAAAACCUCCGAAAGGUCAUAUGAAUUCAUCCAACGGCAAAAAUCGGUCGCCAUGUGUGCCAAAUCAACCAUCCGAAGCAUUAUGUCAUUUUAUGUUCGAAUUAGCCAAAACCCUCGUACAGCGUGCUGGUGGAACAACAUCAACAUCAUUAUUUGUUGGUCCAACACAUAAUUAUCCACCUCCACAUAGAAACUUACAUUUAUGUGCAAUUACAAUCGCACUUUAUGCAUUAGGUGUCAAUAAUCACGUACAAACAAAUUGGAUGAUUCGAACUUAUUCAAGUUUAGUUUCUUGGAUAACAUCCACGGCUAUUGAUAUCGGUUUACAGUCCAUACUGAUCUUAAUCGAAUGCUGGGAAGGACAAUUAACCCCACCGGAGUGUGCGGCGAUUGCUGAUCGUGCUUCUCGUUCACGUGAUAAUGCUGUUGUGCGCACUGCUGCUGAACUGGCUCUUUCGACAUUAAAAUAUGCUCAUGCUCUCAAUGCUGCAGAAAUACGUCAAGCACUAGCUCAAUGUAAAGAACAAAGCGCUGAAAUGCUUGAACGUGCUUUGACAACCAUUGAGAAUGCUACACGUGAUGGAAAUCUUGUUUUCAUUGAUAUCCUCUUCGAAGUUGCUAAACGUUGGUAUGAAAUGUAUUACGAACGAACAGGAGAUUCAUUGAAUAGCGACGAGGAUGCAGCUGUGGUCGACAUACGCCAACCAUUUGAUGGCAAUUUAACGGCAAGUAAUCCAAUCGAAUUGCAUUGGACACAUGCCAAUUCUGGAAAUUCAUCAUCAACAACGCCAUCGCCAUCUCCAAUGAUGUAUCCGACAAAUAAUCAAAAUACAAAUUUUCAAACACCAUUUUCACCGCACCCAUCUGCCCAUUUCAAUACUCAUGCCUAUAUGAUUCAAGCACAACACGGGCCACCUCCUCAACCACCCUCCAUGCAUCAUCAUCAACUAGGAAAUUUUCAUCAACAAGUACAAUAUCAACAAAUCAUACCCAUUCAAUACUCUUCACAGCCUCAACAGCAGCAGCAGCAGCAACAACAGCAACAGCAACCUCAUUUUGCUUUUCAUACAGGCCCAACAGGCAACUUUCAUCCGCAUCCUCACCAUCCUCGUCAUGCACCGCCGCCGCCACAAAUGCCGAACGCUAUACUUGUCAGUCCUGGAAAUUUUCCUGCCGCUUAUGCUGUUCAUCAUCCUGUACCAACUACAAAUCAACAAAUUUAUUCUCCAAGUCAAAAUCCGCAACAAUCGUUCUAUCCUGUCAGACAAAUACCAUUAAUUGUUUCACCACCGACCGAACCAAAUAUUUCACCAUCAUCAUCGACAACCACAGCAACAGCAGCAGGACAACAACCGCAGCAGCAGCAGCAACAGCAACAGCAACAACAAUCGCAACAACCCACUGUUGUUAGUCCUAGUACGACACCAUUAGCAGAGCAACAACAACAACAACAACAACAACAGCAACAGACGGAUUCAAGCCAUCGUCAGUAUCUCCUCAAUGCUUUUCGUGUUGGCAUGCUAGCAAUGAAUACACUCGCACUAGAACGCGCUCGUCAGAACCAUGCACAUAUAGAACGACGUGGUGAACAAAAUCAUCCAACGCCACGUUAUGGAGAAGAUGUGAAAUGGCUUCUGAAAAUUGCUUUGAAAUUAGGUAAUGCUGAACUACAAGAAUUUGUCACAACAGCCACAGCCGUUAUUGUCAAUCCAUAUCUAUUACAUAGUUUGGCAUUUAAUAUCUACAAUGUUUCACAAAAUAAUCCCAAUGGUUCAUCAUCAAAUCAAAUGCUUCGUUUGCCAUUUGUUCAAUCCUUGAUGCAAAAGUGUCUCCAUGCUUAUACUCGUUGUGUACACAAUAAAAUGGGACAUAUGACAACAAACAAUGACAUCGAAGAACUAACAUCACUGAUGAAACACGCACGUUCGGCAUUUCUGUUCAUGGGUAACACAAGUGAUUACCAAGGUUUGAUGAAUUUUGUUAAAACAUCAAAGAAAUGUAAGAAAGAUGUUUAUCCACGACUUUGGCAAGCUAUUCAAAACUAG